UUAAAUACUCGCAUCACGAGUCGUUUCUUUCUUUCUCAUCAAGAAAUCAAUCCGUCGCUGCAUCAUCCCUGCUAUAAUGUCAUCUCCUGCUGAAUUCUACAAUUCACUUCCUCCCAUAACCAAGGCUUAUGGUACCUUGUGUUUGGUGACUACGACAGCAGCUACGUUGAAGCUAUUGCCUAUUUAUUAUAUCGCAUUGAUCUAUGGGGAAGUGUUCUAUCACUUGCAGGUGUGGAGGCUGCUUACAAACUUCAUCUUUCUUGGCCCUUUCUCUAUAAAUUUUGGAAUUCGCCUGUUAAUGAUAUUGAGAUAUGGAGUUCAAUUGGAGAGUGGACCAUUUAACAGGCGUACAGCAGACUUCUUGUGGAUGAUGAUAUUUGGAGCAUCAACACUUUUGGUUUUGUCUGCCAUUCCUUUCUUUGAGUCGUACUUUAUGGGGGUAUCACUGGUGUUUAUGCUCCUCUAUGUGUGGAGCAGGGAAUUUCCAAAUGCCACCAUCAACAUUUAUGGUCUUGUGCAACUUAAGGCAUUCUAUUUGCCAUGGGCCAUGCUUGCUAUGGAUGUCAUUUUCGGUUCACCACUUGGCCCUGAUCUGUGUGGUAUCUUGGCUGGGCAUCUAUAUUACUUCUUGACCGUCCUGCAUCCUUUGGCUGGAGGAAGGAACAUAUUGCAGACGCCAAUGUGGUUACGUAAAAUGGUUGCAAGGUACAAAAUUGGAGCUCCAGCAAAUACCCAACCUCAGUCCAGCAGCAAUACGAGCGGGGUGUUUAGAGGAAGAUCUUACCGAGUCGGUGGGUGAAUUUUUUUUUGUUGAACUUCUUUCUUCGAAAUUUGAAUUCAAAAACUAGUUUUGUAAUUUCGGGUUUGUGCUUCGGUAAAGAGUAUUCGUCGUCUUGAUAUAGUGGUUUCCUCAUACAAGCUACCGAUGAAUCUUUUAGAGGA